CAUGUCUUCGGAAUAUGCAAUGCAUGGUCAGUUUUCCAUGAAAUUGGAUGUGUUCAGCUUUGGUGUCUUGGUCUUGGAGAUUGUGAGUGGCAAGAAGAAUACUGGUUUUUAUCAAUCGAAUCACGCUGAUGACCUCUUAAUCUUUGCUUGGAAGAAAUGGACAGAGCAAACACCAAUGGAGUUUGUGGAUCCAACUCUGAGAGGUUCUUGUUCGAGAAAUGAAGUAAACAGAUGCAUCAGAUACAUUGGUUUAUUAUGCGUUCAGGAAAAUCCAUCAGACCGACCAUCAAUGGCCACAAUUGCACUUAUGCUUAACAGUUAUUCAGUGACCAUGUCAAUGCCACGACAACCAGCAUCUUUCCUGCGUGGAAGAAAUCCUAACAGGUUUAACCGAGAGCUUGACUCUGAUCAGUCUACCACCGAUCAAUCUACCUCAUGUUCAAUUCCAUACUCUGUGAAUGAAGUAUUCGUCACUGAAGUAUACCCUCGCUAAAGGAUUCAUUUUAAGUCU